CGUUACAGCGCGACCAACAACCUGGAACGCGCCAGAGCCCAAAGCCGAUCCGGUAACUUGGUGGUAUUUUCGCCUUCACUUCUUCAUCCCGUCAAUCUAGUACCACUUACUUCCACACGCCUCACGCGCUGCCCUGUCUGCUACUGAAGAGGCAGUUUAAGUACCUCGCGCGCUCUGCAGACAGCGCGCCAGCCUUUACUCUUUGUUACCUACUUAGUAUUAUCAUCGCAAAAAUAAAUGCCCAGUGUCUACAGUCUCGACUGAAGCUUGACCCCCCCUGCUCCUGUCUUCUUUAAGUAUACAGAUCUUCUCACACCACUGCGACGUCAGGCAACUGCAGAUACAGUACAUCUUUCUAGUCUCAGUGAACGUUGCUACCGUCGCACACGACCUUGCUCACGUUAUCUCUCAUUCCCUCCCUCUUUCGAGGUGCGCGCACCUCCCCGGUCCCAGUCCUGCAAAAAUUGCCCUGCCGAUACCAUGGCGGACUACAGCAAGAUGAAGGUUGUCGAGUUGAAGGCCGAGUUGAAGCGCCUAGGCUUGCCGCAGAACGGGCUCAAAGCCGAGCUUGUUUCCCGGCUAGAGGAAGCUGCAGCAUCCGAGACUCCUGCUGAGCCAGCGGAAACGGCAGACAUCAGUGAGACGCACCCGUCUGAAGACGUUGAGCCCGUGAACGAGACGUCGGAGAUGGUUGAGGCUGCAUCUCCCACACAAGAAAAUCCAGCCGAAUCAGUCGUGGCUCCUGCCCAAGCUGGGUCUGCAGACGAUACUCCUGCGCAAGUCACGUCGACUGCCACAGUCUCCGAGGAACCAUCUCUUCCAGCAACUGAAGUGGUCCAGGAUGUACACAAAAGAAAGCGACGAUCAAUAACCCCUCCACCUUCCGAAGAUGCUGCGCGCAAACGACUGCGACCAGAUGAUUCAGAUCUAAAUCACGAUGCUUCUCUGAACCCUGCGUCUAGCAGUGACAAGACAUCCAAGCUUGAAAAUGAGGCGGCGGAUCAUACUUCAAUGCUAGAUGCUGAUGCUGAUGCUGAUAUAAGCGCUGAAAAGGCGGAUGUUUCUAUGGAUAAGGCACCAGAGCCAACUAAAGAAAGCAUUUCAAGGAACAUAGAUUCAACUAAUGAAGUCGACGAAAUUGGAGACACGCAUGCUGCAAACAACGGCGGGGCAACCACUACCGUGGACAGCUUGGAAGACCCAGAAGAUGGUGUUAUGGUGGAUGACGAGGCAACGAGAACUGGCGCUUUAGAUCAAGACCAGGAAAAGCGCUCCCCUUCACCCGAGCGAGAUAUCGAACCUUCCAUGCAUCCCGCGACUUGCGCAUUAUACAUUAAGAAUUUUAUGAGGCCACUGCGACCACAAGCUGUCCAAGAUCACCUUUUGGAGCUUGCAACACCCGCAAACACUCCACUUGACCCCAGCAUCAUUGUCAACUUCUAUCUAGACAACAUCCGCACUCACGCCUUUGCUGUUUUCACAUCUAUCUCUGCAGCUUCCCGCGUACGUACCGCACUACACAAGCGUAUUUGGCCUGACGAAACCAAUCGCAAAUCUUUGUGGAUAGACUUCAUUCCACCUGAAUAUUUUGAAGAUUGGAUUAGUACAGAGCAGCAAGCUAGAGACAAAGGCAACAUGCCUCGUUACGAAGUUAUCUAUGAACGCGACAGUGACGACAGCAUGACCGUUAGGCUAGAAGAGACGGACGCCAAUCAACCUACUAGACGGGUGCCCGUCUCUCCUGUUGCUCAUCCUGAUCGCAGACCUUCAAUUCCGACUGGCCCAUCACGUCCUUCUGGAAUUGAGAAUGCACCCACCGGUCCCCGUAAUCCGUAUGCCCACAACGGACCUCCAGUCAUGUAUGCAGAUCGACAGGACAGACUGGACUCAGGCUUCAUUAAGACAAGAUCAACCCCCCAGAUUUUAUAUCGGCCUGUAGCCUCCGAGGUUACCAACCGACGCCUUGACUGUCUUGCACAAGCGAAGGACCCGCACUACGAUGAGGAAUCUGGCAAAGAUUACCACAGAUACUAUUUCGAGCGAGAAGACGUAUUAGUCAACCGUGGUCCUGAAAUAUUUCUAGGUAUUCGGCCUCCCCACAGGGAGAAAGAGCGACGCGAGCUCGCACGCACUGGUGGCGGUGAUGUUCGCGACCGCAGCUUCCGCGACCGCCGUGGUGCUUUUGGGCCUCCGGGUGGAGGAGGUGGUGGGCGACGUCGACGCAAUAGGGCGCCACGUCACGGCGUCCCUAGAGGUGGCGACCGCUUUCGUCCUGGAUCAAACUAUGACGAUCGAUCUGCGCCGGACGAACGACACAUGCCACGCCGUGACGGCUAUGGUGGAAGCAAUCGCCGCAAGGAUGGCUAUAGACACUAAUAAGCUACAUUGCCGAUGUUGAGGGAUACGGCAUGCCUCAACAGAAUUCAGUCGGCUUGGA